CAAUUGUAUGUGCGCGUUGUGAUAACAAACAAUAGUGAUAAACUCUAACAAAAAAAUUAGUAAUUCGGGGAAUCCACCAUUGACGAUACUUAAGCCGUUAUGCCACAUACAAAAAGAACAACUGUAAAAUAUACAUAGUGUGUGCAGCCGAAGUCAUUCCAAAAACGAACGUCACAGUGAAUGAACGGUACUGAACUAACGUCUGAAACGAAUAUUUGUUUUUGUCUCAUUAAUUCUUUCCAGUGUCAAUAUAAUUGUUAAAAAAUUAUAAUAAAAAAAGAGUUUAUAUUUUAAGUGACUGUAGAAAAUUUUCAAAUGUCUGCUUUAAGUGAGAACGGUGGAGAUGUUAAUAGGAUGGCUGCUACAACUGCACAAAAUAAUUUGAAACCUCAUACCGCUGAAAAGUGGGAGAUUGAAGCGAUUGGUCAAUUUCUAUUCGAAGAAUAUCGGAAUUUAUUAUUUGGUUCGCGAACCGACUGGCUGACACAAAAAUCGGAUUUACGUUAUAGAUUUCGAAAAUACCUGGACAAUGAUAAAACAGGAAUACGUGAACGUUUAUUGGAAGCAAAUGGCACAUUCGAUAUUGGCACCUUACUUUAUCGCUGCCAUUACCUGAUCAACACGGAAAAGGGUUCGAAUUUCUAUCGUAUUAAAAAUUCGUCAUUAUUUGAAUAUAUAAAUAAAAGAUGCGAUGAAUUAGAUGAAAAACAAAAGAAUGGCAUAUCAACUGAAUUCAUGUCAGGUGAAAAUGGCAGUAAAACAUCCACAGGCUAUGGUGAUCCGGCCAUUACAGGCUCAUUACAAGUGGAUGAUAAUGCGCCGACACACGAACUCUUGUAUGAGGGUAGUCAAGAACAAGAACGGUCAGCCACAUUUCAACUCACUAAUAUGGGCUGUUACAUUUGCCAAAUGAAUUUCACAUCACCAGAUGAUUUUGAGAAUCAUGUUGAAACUCAUGGUGAUGAAUCUGAUUUUGAAAUAUUAAAUAACUACAAUAAAAGCACUACAUCAAUAUUUAAACUCUCCUAUAAUAUUUGCAAAGAUUCGCAUUAUUUUCGCUUCAAUUUGGCAGCCGUUCGACCGAAUAUUAUUAUUGAGAAAUUAGUUGUGGUACAAACACGUACUUUUUACUAUGUUAAUAAUACGCGUGUACCUUAUGCGUUGGGUGAGGAUUGCAGUGAUUAUUUCUUUGUUGAUAGUCAUCUCUUUAGAAAGGGUGUUGUACAACCGAUUGUUGUGGUAUUCCACGAAAAGUCCAACAAAGGCAAGCGUGUUGUGGAGCAACAUCACUUUUGUCGUGUUGAGGAGUUCCCCGCAGUUAAAAUGAGCUUUAAUCCGUGUCGUUUAUCAGAUAAAAUUAAAUUUAAACCAACAUUUCCACUACCUCACUAUAUGCCACCGGCCGAAAUUCGCAAUGCUCUUCGUACCGAUUUAAUUGAAAGACCAUUAACCGAACUUUCGAAUGAUUUUAAAGAUUACUUAUUUAAUGAUAAAACUUUGACUCAGCAAAAUAUACGUGAGGUGCUGUUGAAAUUAUUACAGAUUGAGGAUUGGGAUACUAUGCGCGAGUAUUCGAGUUUGGUUCAACGUAAUGUUAAAUUACGCACUUAUGAAAACGAAUAUAUCAUUAAGUUGAAAACACCGAGACACAUACGCGUCGAGAAUAUAAUUUUUCCUUUUGACGAUGCUAUUAUCUUGCCUUCUGAUGAAGACAAAGCCAUACCAACCUCAUUGGAGGGUUUAAUGAAUAAAAUGGAAGAAUUAAUUGACGCAUUAUCCAAGAAAGGAAAGAAAAAGUGUAAGAGCUUUUGCGGUUUUAUUGAAUGUGUUUCAAAUGGUAGAGUGACCUUUAAGUGUGAACAAAAAAUACCGAUUGAUAAAACAUAUACCGUACUUUUUCGUCCAUCGCGUAUGGUGUUACGUUAUCAAUAUCGUGCCUUGGAACAAUUGGUGGCGAUGCCGCAACUCACACUGAAACAAUUUCUUUUUCCGGAUAAAAUCUUACCACGCCAAAUGUCAGUUAUAAGGUUGGAUCUACUUAACAAAACGAUUUAUAAAAAUCCGGAACAAUAUCAGGCAAUACAGUGUGUGGUGGAUAGUAUUGGGACACAAAGUGCACCCUAUAUUAUAUUCGGACCGCCAGGUACCGGCAAAACGACGACACUUGUCGAAGCUAUUUAUCAACUAUAUAUGCUCCAACCACAAUCGCGUAUACUCAUUACAGCCGGUUCGAAUGGUGCUUGUGAUGAGAUUGCAUUGCGCCUGUGUAUUGCAUUUGGUUCAAAAAUUGAACCAAAUACCAUAACACGCAUUUAUGCGCGUUCGUAUGAGAAUCGUGCAAUGAACUUAAGCGAUGUACUCUUGGAGCAUUCAAAUUUAUAUGGUGAUCAUUUUCUACCCGCUGUAAGCGUUUUGCAUACAUAUCGUAUUGUUGUAUGCACAUUGAGUAUUGUGGGUCGCCUGGCUACGGGUAAAUUUGGUAAAGAGAUGUGCGGUGAUGGUGUCUUUACGCAUGUCUUCGUUGAUGAGGUGGCCGCUUCAACGGAAGCGGAAACACUAGUUGGUCUUAUGUCAACACUCAGUGCGAAAGCAAAUUUAAUCAUUUCCGGUGAUCAUCGACAAUUGGGUCCCAUUCUGAAUUCGAAACGUGCUGCUGCUAUGGGCUUAGAGGUAUCAUUGAUGGAACGUUUACUGAAACGAGACUGCUAUCGUGUCGAUGUAGAUGGCAAUUAUAAUCGUCAAAUACAAACACGUUUAUGUCGUAACUAUCGUUCGCAUCAUGAGAUUGUUAAUCUCUAUAGUAACAUGUAUUAUGAUGGUCAGUUGAAAGCUGAGGCUGCAUCAGAUGUAGAAAAAUUGUGUCGCGAUUGGUAUCGCUCACCCAAUGCCGAAUAUCCAAUUAUAUUUCAUUCAAUUUUCGGUCCUGAACAAAGAGAUAAAAAUUCAACGAGCCGUUAUAAUCCACUCGAGGUCGCCACUGUUAUGGAUUAUGUAAGAGAUUUACUAUAUUUCGGAAUUAAAGGGCAUAAAAUCAAACAAAGUGAUAUUGGCAUUAUAACGCCAUAUAAAAAGCAAUAUAUGCGCAUACAAGAGGAACUAAAUCUACGCAAUUGGUAUCAAGUCGAAACUGGUGCCGCCGAAUCGUUUCAGGGUAAAGAGAAAAACAUUAUAAUUGUUUCGUUCGUGCGUUCUUUCUCAAAUUCAUUAGGUUUCGUAGACUGUCCAAAGCGUUUAAAUGUGAUUCUCUCACGUGCACGCUCACUACUCAUACUAAUCGGCAAUCCACGCACAUUGAGUAUUAAUGGUGAUUUCAAAAGUAUUAUCGAAAAGUGUCAAGCGCAUAAGACCUUAGUUGGCGCUAAGUACUUUGAUGAUAAUGGCAUAAAUCCCAAUAGGACGGCAACGAAGGGUAAAAAUUUGAAUGGAAAAAUGGAGAAACUAAACAAAUCUAUGACAGCAUUAAAUGUUAGCAAAGAGAACAUUACACAGAUUAAUGGUAAUAAUGAUAAUAAUGGGAAUAACGAUAAUGAGAAUGAUGCUAAGAAAUCCCAAAAAGCUAGGCAACGUGGAUGUCGCAGAAAGAAAAAUGCACAAAAGAAAGCACAAGCAAAUGAAGCUGCAUUCAAAACCGUUAAGCCCAAUUCAGCCGAAAAGCAACGUCAAACAUUUGAACGCUACAAGGAUCUCUGUCUAACCGAUGAACUUUAUAACAAUGCUGGCGAUAAAAACACCACUAAACAAAUGAAAUCCGAUAUUGAUGAACUCUUCGAUGUUCUGCCACGCGUACCACGCAAUAAAACGCCACGAAGUAAAGUCAAAGACGAUGACUUUGAAAUAAUCGAUUUGCCAACAAAUCAAAAUUCAAUGCACAAUGCGUUUCUAGAACGUUUGGAUCGACUACAGAGGACACAAUCACAAUCACAAGCACAAGCACAAGCACCGAAGAUACAAGCUACAACAACAUCAGCUGGUAUUGGUGGUACUGCAACAUCGCAACGACCAGGCUCAGUAUCGAGUGGAGGGAAUGGAACGGCAGGCAACUUACAAAGGAGAAAUACUCCCUCCAUGGGAGCUUGCCAAUCAGAAUCGGCAACUAAUAAUGCACGUCCGUCGGUUGUGACCACUAAUACGCGUCCAACGGGUUUAACCCCUAUGAGCCAGCCAUUGGGAUUUACAACUAAUCACGUUCCAUCUGGCCUAAAUACUAAUACCCGUCCUGCGGUAUUGACAACUAAUAAUGCACGUCCUUCGGUUGUGACCACUAAUACGCGUCCAACGGGGUUAACCCCUACGAGCCAUUCUUUGGGAUUAACCACUAAUAACGCUUCAUCUAGCCAAACAGCUAAUACCCGUCCAGCGGUAAUGGCAACUAAUGCACAUCCUUUCGGAUUAACAUCAACUAAUCGUCCUACAGUAUACACUACGGCAGCGAGUGAUUCAAACCGAACUUCAUUUGGUGCUUCAUCUACUUCGAUUAGUGGUCGUUUACCAAUUCAUGCGGUAAACGAAAGGCCAACACAACGGGCCGAAGAAGUCUUUGCCCGUACAGAGUAUCCCACGCAAUUUAGAUAUACAAGAGUGCGCCAAGAGAAGAAAUCUUCCAAGUGCGUUAUCGCCUAACACUAGAAGUUGAGCGUGCGAAUGAUGUUUGCUUGACGCUUACUAUCCCAUUUUAUUAAAA